GCACUUGACACUGUCCAAAAGAAAUCAACACACCAUGCCAGGCAAAUGGAUUCCGCUUGAGUGCAACCCAGAGGUUCUCAACUCGUGGUCGAAGCAGGUUGGCGUGGUCACGUCUCAGUUCCAGUUCACAGAUGUGUACGGCUUAGACCCGGAGCUUCUUGCGUUGGUGCCGCGCCCCGUGCUCGCGGUCGUGCUACUGUUCCCGCUGAACGGGAAGAUCAAGGAGGAGCGUGAAAAAGAGAAUGAGAAGUACGGCAAGGAGCCACAGCCUAUCGAUCAUACGAUCUUCUACAUCAAGCAAACCAUCGGAAAUGCAUGCGGGACGAUGGGCCUCUUACAUGCGCUGACAAAUUCCCCAAUUACAAUUGCCCCAGAGAGUCCAUUGGAGAAGUAUAUGCACCAGUGUCAAGACAAGACGCCGGAUGAACGUGCCAAAACGCUCGAGGAAACCAACCUCUUCACCGAGGUACAUGCCGAGGCCGCGGGCAGCGGACAGAGCACCCUCCGCGAGCAGGACAUGGACACAGAUCUUCAUUUCACUUGUUUUGUUCAGGCUCCCGAUCCGUCGGCGAGGGAUGCGGAGGUCGAGACAUCGCACAAGCGGAUUAUUGAGCUUGACGGCCGCCGCGUUGGUCCUGUCGACAGGGGCCCUGUGUCGUCGGGCGACUUGCUCCUGGAUGUUGCUGAGUUCAUCAAGAAGCAUUACAUGGACCAGUCGUCGAGCAUGCAGUUCGGCAUGGCGGCUUUGUCUCCGCCUGAAAUGUAAGAGGAGACCGAGAAGCAUGUGUAAAUCAUAGUCAGCCCUGGCUAGCAAGAAUUAUGUACACUAGGAUAAAGAAAUAAGAGAGGUGAUGAUCGCUAAUCCCGG